AUGUUCCAGAAAAUUGGCAACUAUCUCGCUCUCAAAAACUACCAGUAUGAACUUACUACUGCCCUGUAUAUGCUUGAGCCGUGGGAGAAGGCACUCUUCAAUUCGCUCGUUAUAAUCGGAUCCUCUCUGCUUGUUUAUGCUACAAUAUUUUAUCUUCCAGACCACCUGUCUCAAGUGGCGGCAAAAAUUGCCGAGUAUACAACCUAUUACUAA